AUGGAUAUAACAAACCAAACAAGAGUGACAGAGUUUAUUUUUCUUGGGUUUCCUGGUGUUCUACAUCUGCGGAUCACCUUGUUUGUGAUAUUUCUUAUUGUAUAUCUGCUCUCCCUCAUGGGAAACAUUCUUAUCAUCUUCAUUGUUGUGUUAGAUUCCACACUCCAAACGCCCAUGUACAUUUUCUUAGGAAAUUUGUCAUUCCUGGAGAUCUGGUACACCACAGCCACGGUGCCUAAAUUACUGGACACCUGCCUCUCACAGGCUGUUACCAUCUCUGUUUCUGGUUGUAUCACCCAGUACUACUUCUUUUUCUACAUGGGAGCUACAGAGUGCAUCCUGCUGGCGGUGAUGGCCUAUGAUCGGUACCUGGCCAUCUGCAGUCCUCUCCAUUAUUCACUCCUCAUGAGUAUCCUUAUCUGUCUGUGGUUUUCAGCUGGAUCUUGGAUUGGGGGAUUCACUUCCCCUCUCCUGUCUACUAUACUCAUCUCACAUCUAAACUUUUGUGGGCCUCAGAAGAUUAACCAUUUCUUUUGUGACUCAGACCCCAUUUUCAAACUCUCCUGCUCAGAUACAUUUUUGGCAGAGGCCUUGAGCUACACAUGUAGCUCUGUUGUGAUUCUAAGUUCUUUCCUUCUCACUAUGUCUUCCUAUGGAUACAUCAUAGUCACAGUAAUGAGACUGCCUUCCCGUGAGGCUUGGAAGAAAGCAUUAUCCACUUGCACCUCCCACCUCACUGUGGUCUCUAUCUAUUAUGGCACCAUUAUCUUUGCUUAUGUUCGCCCUCCAGCCAAGUACAACUUCACUAUUGGUAAAUUAAUCUCAGUGUUCUACUGUGUGGUCACUCCAUUGGUAAAUCCUCUCAUUUACACCCUGAGAAACAAAGAGGUGAAGAAAGCUUUCAGGAAGGUUCUAGCUCAAAAAAGAUUUCUCUUGUUCAGAUACAUGCAAGAAAUUUGA